UGUAAGGUACAAAAACGUUCAACGAGAUAAAUGAUUUUAGAACAAAGAAUUAGUUAAGGUUUUUGUGUAAAAGAAAAAGAAAAAAAAGCCUAAUGAAAAUGUAACGUGAGACCAUCUGUAUACUUGAUUAGAAGUUAAGCGUGCAAACUUCAUACAAAACAGGUACAAUUUAUCGUUGGGUUCAAUAUAUUAUUAUGUGUGUACGUUGUGGCAGCUUGACAUUGAGUCGCUAUUUAUGUGACUGCGAGCUAAUGGAGAAUAUUAGAACAUAAUUGCGUUGCAGAUAUGACAUGUUAAUUCAGACUGGUCGCGCACCACUUGCAAUAUGUUCUUCGUUGCGAUCUGGAAGCUUUUCCGACUGUUGUUGGGGGUGAGGGGUCAUUAACAACAUAUAGGACAACAUAUAGGUUUCACAUUUACACAAUGCAUAGUAAUUAUGCGACCUUUAUGUAAAUUGCACUCGUGUCCAGCUGUCGGAAAGCAUCAAAAAAGUUUUUGAUUUUCUUAUGGAAACAAAAACAGGUUAAAACAGGUAGCGAGUUUCGCACAGUGGGAAGACGCUUUUGAUAUUCGGGCAACAGGUCAUGCGCAACGCCGCAAGACAUAUUUUCUUUUCAUGUCCCUCCCCGGCUCCGUGCUUCUUUUCCGAUACUGUGACUGUUUUCAAUCUAUCAGCAUUUCACUUAUAGGCUACUAAUCAUUAACAGAUAUAUAAUUAAAAUAUAUGUACUGUGAAUGAUACAGUAAUGUGUGUGGUUAUUCAGAGCACUACGUUCUUUUGUGGGUGUUUAUUAUGUAACGUUAUAUAACCCUUUGUAAAUAUUCACAGCAUUAUUUGAUUACAGAGGUCUGCCUCAUGACAGGUGAAAGAGAGCAGGUACACAGGGUUUUAACCCGCGCCCUGUCAUCAGUUCGCCAAGCGGAAUCUGAAUUGAGGUCUCAUACAACUGACGAUAUAGAUGAUUUUGAUGCAGCCUCUUUUGUCAGUGAAACAAGGGCCUUGUUUAGAAGUAGAUCUGUGGACUCAUCACAAAGGACAGGAAAGACAGGCAGAAAAAAAGGACGGCAAAGGGGACAUUUAUGGAAGACUCAUUUUUUCUUACUGCAAAAGAACAAUGAAGAAUUUGUACCACCACCGUCUGAACUAUCAAGACUGACAAGAAAUGGAUUAGAGAACAGAAGGAAGGAUGUUAAAUGAAAGCCGUCAAGUAACAGCAGGAAGCAAUGCAUCAGUGACCCAAUUGCAAGUUCAGGAGCAGGUGCAUAUACAAGAAUUGUCAAAUGGAAAUAUUGGUACAAGGACUUCAGAAAAUCCCAUUGUAGAAGACUACCACCAAAGAGAAAAUGAGGUUAUGCAACAACAUGCUACCAAUGCAAUGGCUGAUCUUCUAGAAAAUGAAACAUCAGAAAACAUCCCACAAAGGGCAGCUGAAACUGAGAUUCUGGACAUUGAGCAACUAUUUCAGGCUGAUAGCUUCGAAAAUGAACUGAUUGCAGCUGGCCAAUCACAGUUUCAAUUAUCAGAAUGGACUACUCAUCCAUCAACGCCUCCACCACUACCUUUCUCAUAUGUAAAUGCUGACACACCAACAGUUCAGCUCCACCAGUCUCUUUUGGGAGAAAAGGAGCAGGAGCUUGAAAGAGCUUUCUCUGAUCUAGAUGUGUUAUUGGAAGAAGAAGUUACAGUUGAAGUUAAAAGACACACUGUUCUAGAAGAUGUACAAAGAAUUUACAGUAAUCAAAGUAUCAUCAAUAAACGUUUACAUGUUAACUUUAUUGGGGAAGAGGGAGAUGACUUUGGUGGGUUAACAAAAGAUCUUUUUUCUUCUUUUUGGAACAGUGCUUUCAUUCAGUGGUUUAAAGGUGAGGAUGCUCUUGUCCCAUGUAUACCAGUAAAUCAAUAUGCCAAAGCGCAGGACAUUUUUUCUGUUGUUGGUAACGUUUUGUCACAUAUGUGUCAGCUUAAUCAUUGCGUGCCACCCAGAUUUUGUAGAUCAACACUGCUAUCUGUUGUGUUUAAUACCUCUAUGAUUGAUAGUAGAACACUGUUGGAUGACUUUAUGCUCCAUGUAACAGUACCUGAACGAACCUUGCUGCAAAAGGCUUUGAAUAGUUUUGAAAAACUAAGCAUUUCUGAAAAAUCUGACUUGCUGACCUUUUAUUCUGUGAAUGGCAUGCACACAGUUCCUUCAGCUAAAGAUUUUAGAGAGCAACUGGUUCUUGUAGCACAAAAUGAACUGGUAAUAAAACCAAUGUUCUUGAAUUGCUUUAUAAGGCAGGCUAUUCCAGAGUCUCAUAUGAGAGCAUUUUGGUCACAGUUAGAUACAGACUUAAUUUCGUACCUGUACUGGCAGGAGAUGCCUACUGCAGACCGUGUGUUGCAGUGUAUAACAACUUCUGAAAAAGACCUGAAACCUGAAGAAGAAGUUGCUUAUUACUAUUUACGUGACUUCAUCAAGUCAGUGGAUCAGGAUGAAAUGUCCAAAUUUCUGCAUUUUGUUACAGGAUCCCCAUUACUGCCAAAUGAUGGCAUUACAAUAGUAUUUAAUAGACUUUGUGGUAGCCUGAGGAGACCUAUUGCACACACUUGUAGCAAUACACUAGAAAUACCAGUAAGCUAUGCUUCAGUACAGGACUUCAAACGAGAAAUGAAAUCCAUUCUAAAUUCAGAGAAUGCAUUUAUAAUGACAAUGCUUUAAGGUAGUGGUUAGAAUCA